AGAGUAUUUCUGUAUGUCUCUAUCCUUGCAAGGUUAGGUUGACGACGUACAAGUUGGAGAGCCUGCCGGCAUAUUUUGCGAAAAAUCUCUGUGAUUAAUUUUGUUUAUGGUGUUGCAUCGGCGACCUGUUUCAGCCGAAUUGUACUUGGAUCUUAGUUGAGAAUGGGAAAGGCCAAGAAAGGCAAGAAUUUGGGCAAAGAAGAUGAUAUCAGUGACGGUGAAGUUGAAAUGAAGACUUCUGAUGAAAAGCCAGUGACUAAGAAAGCGUCCAAGAAGGCUCAGGUUGAGGACUCUGACAAUGAAGACCAGCCUGAAGUGAAAGUAAAGGAUAAGAAGAAGAAAGGAAAGAAAGGACCUGUGUCUGACGAAGAGGUUAGCGAUGAUGAACCAAAACCAACUAAGAAGAAGGUAUCAAAGAAGAAAUCAAAAGCAACAGACAGUGAAAGUGAGAACGACAGUGAUGACGUUCCCUCAAAAUCAAAAUCUAAGAAGUCGAAAAAGCUAAAGGAUGAAAGUGACAGCGAAGAGGCAGACACAAAGAAGAGCAAAAAGGGCAAGAAAGGGAAAGCUGCAAAUUCCAGUGACGAAGAUGUCGGCCCAGUCAAAUCUAGCUUUGCGCUUCUUUCUGUUGAGGACGGGGAUUCCGAUGAAGAGGCUGCCCCUCAACCUCCCUCUGACUCAGAACCAGAGGAAGUGAGUACCACAUCAAAGGCCAAGAAGGGUGGCAAAGACGCCAAGCAAGGCAAAAAGAAGAAAAAGAAGAAGGACGAAGAUGAUGAGGAUCUAGAUGCCAUGCUUGCAGACCUCGCCCUAGAAUACGCAGGCGGCAAGAAGGAGGAGACGAAUGUAGUCGAGGAAAGCGCGGGCAAGAAGAAGAAAAAGAAAGGUGCAAAGGGAGGAGAGGAUACAGUUGCAGAUGGCGAUGAUGCAGAAGCUUCGAGGGACCAACAGGAGGGCAACGAUGAAGAUGAAGCGGCUGAGGAAGGUGGAAUGAAGACCGCUGCUCAGAAGAAAAAGGAAAAGAAGGAACGGCAAAAGCAGAAAGAGAAGGAGGCAAAGGCUGCUAAAAGCAAAGGAAAGACUGACAAGAAAGAAGACGAAAAACCUGAAGUCGCAGAUGAAGAACAAGAGGAGACUAAAGCCGCUGAUAAAAAGAAGUCAAAAGGAAAGGAUGGUAAGGAAAAGGAUACUAAAGAAAAGGAUGGGGAUGAUAAAAAAGGAAAAAAGGGACCUGCCAAAAAGACCAUUGCUGCUAUGCAAGAGGCUUUGAAACUGCUGCGCGAAGAGGAAGAGAAAGCAGAAAGGGAGGAGGAAGAACGCAUAAAGCGGCUUGAAGCUGCAGAGGAAGCAAAGAAGGAAGCUGCAAAGUUGGAGCAAGAACGCAGAGAGAAAAAGAAAUUGAAAGAGAAAGAAAGGAAAGAGAGACUAAAGGCUGAAGGUAAACUUUUAACUCCUAAGGAAAAAGCUGCACGUGCAAGAGCUCAAGAGAUGCUUGAAGCACGUAAAGCUCAGGGUUUUGAUUUACCUAAUGUUGGUGAAAAGAAGUUUGUUCGACCGGGCACAAGAGCGCGGCCUUCAAAAGUGAAAUCCCAGACAAGUCAAGAAACAGAAGAUGCUACUCUUAAGGUUGAGGGUAGUGCAGAGACUGUUCAGGUGGAAAUUGUUGACAAAAAAGAUGACAAGCCAAAAGAGCCGGAAGACGAUGUUAAAGACUCCUGGGACGCUGAAUCCUCAGAGGAAGAAGAAGAAAUAACUGAUCCAAAGAAGGAGAGUGCGGAACCUGUUAAGGAAACCAAGGAUGAUGAUGAAUCUUCUGCUGAGGAAUCAUCUGAAGAAGACAGUGGAAGUGAAUCUGAAGAAGAAAGUAGUGACUCUUCUGAUGAAAGUGAAGAUGAUGGAAGGACUGAUGCUGAAAAGAAGAGGCAGAAAGCUUUAGCUAGAAUACAUAAACGCAGAGAAGAUGCAGAAAAGAACCGCACAAUUGAUGUAUUAAGAGCUGCUGUUGUUUGUGUUCUUGGACAUGUAGAUACUGGAAAAACGAAGAUCCUUGACAAGCUCAGGAGGACUAAUGUACAGGAUGGUGAAGCGGGGGGCAUCACUCAGCAGAUUGGAGCUACCAAUGUUCCUGUAGAAGCUAUUAGAGAGCAAGUCAGAAUAGUUAAAGGGUUUGAUGAAAAUGACUUACGAAUCCCUGGUCUUCUCAUCAUUGACACACCUGGCCAUGAGUCCUUCUCAAAUUUGAGAAAUCGUGGUUCAUCCCUCUGUGAUAUUGCCAUUCUUGUAGUUGAUAUUAUGCACGCCUUAGAACCUCAAACAAUAGAAUCAAUUAACCUACUGAAAACCAAGAAAACUCCUUUUGUAGUUGCUCUAAACAAGAUUGAUAGGUUAUACGACUGGCAAACUAUGGCUCGAAAGGAUGUACGUGAUAUUAUCAAGGCUCAGCAAGCCAAUACUCAGCUUGAGUUUGAGCAGCGAACUAAAGAAGUUAUUUUACAAUUUGCAGAACAGGGUCUCAAUGCUGCUCUUUUCUAUGAAAAUCCUGACCCCAGAAGUUACGUUUCUCUUGUACCUACUAGUGCUAUUACUGGUGAGGGUAUGGGCAAUCUUCUGUCUCUUAUUGUUGACAACUGUCAAAAUAUGCUUGCCAAGAGGCUUAUGUACUCAGAAGACUUGCAGGCCACUGUGUUGGAAGUAAAAGAAAUUCGAGGUUUAGGUACAACAAUUGAUUGUAUUCUGGUGAAUGGUAGAUUGAGAGAGGGUGACACAAUGAUAGUAGCAGGAACUGAGGGUCCCAUUGUUACUCAGAUCCGUUCCCUUCUGAUGCCACAGCCCAUGAAAGAAUUGCGAGUGAAGAAUCAAUAUGUGGAAUACAAAGAAAUUCAAGCCGCUCAGGGAGUUAAAAUUGCUGCCAAGGAGCUGGAAAAGGCUAUUGCGGGUUUGAAUCUGCAAGUUGCCCAGAAACCUGAUGAAGUUGAGAUUUUAAAGGAAGAAGUGGCCCGAGAUUUAAAAUCUGCUCUGAGUCAUGUGAAGUUGGCAGAACGUGGUGUUUAUGUUCAAGCUUCAACUCUUGGAUCUCUUGAAGCUCUUCUAGAAUUUUUGAGAACAUCCAAAAUUCCUUAUGCAAAUAUCCGCAUUGGUCCAGUUGUUAAAAGAGAUGUCAUGAAAGCGUCAACUAUGUUAGAGCAUGAGAGCCAGUAUGCAACCAUCUUGGCAUUUGAUGUCAAGGUUGAAAAAGAUGCACAGGAAAUGGCUGACAGCGUUGGAGUUAAAAUAUUCCAAGCUGACAUUAUUUAUCACUUGUUUGACAAAUUCACUGCAUACCGAGAAGAACUGAAGCAGCGGAAGCGAGAUGAAUUCAAGCACAUUGCAGUAUUCCCAUGCAAACUCCGUGUUUUGCCUCAGUUUGUGUUUAAUUCUCGUGAUCCAAUUGUGUGUGGAGUCAUGGUGGAAGCUGGUAUUGUCAGAGAGGGAACACCAAUUUGUGUGCCCAGUAAAGAUUUUGUGGAUGUUGGUAUAGUCACGAGUGUAGAAAUCAACCACAAGGCUGUUGAUAGUGCCCGGAAGGGUAUGGAGGUUUGUGUGAAAAUUGAACCUGUGCCUGGUGAAGCUCCUAAAAUGUUUGGAAGACACUUUGAUGAAACUGAUAUGCUUGUUAGCAAGAUAAGCAGGCAAUCAAUCGAUGCUUGUAAAGACUAUUUCCGUGAUGACCUCAAUAAGCAAGACUGGCAACUCAUGGUAGAGCUGAAGAAAGUAUUUGAAAUUCUCUAGUAAUUUCAAGGAUGCCGGCAUCCUUUUUAUCCUCUAUGGUAUUUCAUAGAAGCUGCCUGAAUGUAAAGUGUCCUCUGUUGAGGACUCUGGGAAACGCUAUAAACUAGAAUACAUCUGUUUUGUCAUAAGGUGUUUUAAUUUAUUUUUUCCCUUCCAAAUUAAUGUUUUUUUAAAAGGUGAUUGGUAGACAUCACAUUCUAUAUUGUUAAUCAUCAAACCAUUGUCACUGAUGCAUCUCAAGAUCUGAUAUUGUUUGACUUUAUCCUGCCAUUUGUUGUUAUGACACAGUUUAUUAGCUGUACAGUAUUUAUUAAACGAAUGAUUUUACUGGGUUGUAGUUUCUUAAGUGUUUUCAAGAGUAAAACUUCUACGAGCCUGUGUGGUAGAUAUAGGCUGGUUAAUGGAAUAGAUGUCUUCCGCAUUGCUCUUCAUUUCAUUUGGAUAAUAUUUAGCAGUAAUGUAAUGAUAGUGCUUUAUUUUUUGAGUGCAUUGGUGACAUUUAUUCUCAUACUCUCAUGAAGUUUUAAGCAACUUUGCAGAAGUGGCCACUGCACAUGAAUUGUGACACACCAUGAGUUCAACAUAUUCAUUUUAAAAUUAAAGGCAGUGUCAGUAAGAAUGGUAUGAUGUAUUCUCUAUCACGGAAAACAAUUUUUAUGUGUGGUACAACUUAGCCACUAUGGGUUUGCAUUGGAAUGGGGAAUGUUAUCAUCUUAAAGUUUUCUUAUGUUAAUUGAAACUGUUUGUUAAAUCUGUUUUUGAGACAGCCAUUGGUUGAAUUUGAAAAAAAUGUUGAUUAUGCAUAAUGUCUAUGAAUAGAAAUCUACAUUGCCCUGUGAAAUUUCUUCCCAAGUUGUUAGACUGGAGAGCACAUUGUUGUUGUUUCAUGAAUUAUAAUGAUUGUAAUUUUAAGUGCCUCAUAAUCAUUGUUAAAACUUCACAGGUAGCAUCAAAUUGUAUAUCCGUGUUCUAUCUUUUAUACUCAGAGUACUUAAAACUCCACACAUUUUUGUAUGUUAAUUUCAUCAUUUUCUUGUUGUCAAUCAAUAGCCAUAUGUACCAUGCAAAGAGAGAUUCAUGCUAGUUCAAAUAAAUUCAUCCUCAAUUUUUUUCUAUGGAAAUGAAA